AUGGACGAGAAGCCAGAAGUUGGACAUGUUGAGAAUGCGAACGUAGCUUCCAUUUCGGAUGCGCACAAGGAAUACAUCCUAGACAGACAUAAAACCCUUGAAUUGGACCCAGUCCCCGACUUCAAUGACGCUGAUCCCUAUAAUUGGCCGUUCCGAAAGAAAGUGAUAAACCUCUUGCUUGUUGCCUUCCAUGCGAUGAUGGCAACAUUCACAGCCGCUGCAAUCCAGUCUGCAUUCGCGGACAUUGCCACCGAUUUGAAUGUCAGCAUCCACCGAGCCACCUACUUGACAUCCCUUGUUAUAGCCAUUCUCGGCGUUGCACCACUUGUUUGGAGGCCACUUUCAGAACGAUAUGGAAGACGACCGAUCUUCCUCAUUUCGCUGAUCGGCAGCCUCGUUUGCAAUAUCGGCUGUGCUUGUAGUCCUACGUAUGCUACCAUGGGUCUCUGUCGAGCCCUUGCGGGCUUCUUUAUUAGCCCUGCCGCUGCACUUGGCAGUGCUACAGUGGCAGAGACAAUUUUUAAGCGGGAAAGAGCACGAUAUAUGGGUAUUUGGACAGUAAUGGUGACACUCGGCGUGCCUACCGCUCCCGUCAUCUUUGGCUUUGUUGCAUACAGAGUUGGAUACCGUUGGAUCUACUGGAUCCUUGCAUGUACAAAUGCAGUACAGUUCAUCCUCUACCUUUUCUUUGGCCCAGAGUCUCGCUACAUCCGUGGCCAACAGCAACAGCAACGAUCCUCUUUCAGACAGCAGUACUUCAGCUUCAAGCGCAUAGAUCUUACGCCCUUAACAUGGCGGGAGUUCGUAUCACCACUGGAACUUGUUGUACGCCCUUGCGUCCUUCUUUCCGCAACAGCAUACUCCACGGUCUUCCUCUUUGCCAGUGUGUUCAUCGCUAUCGAAAUUCCGCAAUUGUUUGUCGAGAAAUUCCAUCUCAACGCAGAACAAAUCGGUCUUCAAAACAUCAGUAUAAUUUUGGGAACUCUAAUCGGCGAGCAGCUGGGCGGGACCCUUUCUGAUCGAUGGAUGUGGAGACGCCAGUGCAAAAUGAAGGAGAGGAUGGUGCAACCUGAGUUCCGUCUCUGGCUCAGCUAUAGUGGAUAUCUCCUCGUAAUCUGUGGCGUUAUCGUCUUCUUGAUCCAAAUUAAGCAGGCCGAUGCUAGGUGGAAUAUCACUCCUAUAAUCGGAGCAGGGAUCGCUGCGGCGGGGAAUCAAAUCGUCACGACCGUUCUCAUCACGUAUGCCGUUGAUUGCUACCGUGAUGAAGCUGCAAGUAUUGGCGUGUUUAUUACUUUCGUUCGUCAAGAGCUGGGCUUUAUUGGCCCUUUUUGGUUCCCUACUAUGAUUGAGACAACGAAGUCCUUCAAGGCCGGUCUCGAGGUCAGCCUUAGUUGCAAGCCGAAGUUCUUCGAGGUCAGCCUUGGUUGCAAGGCGAUGUUCUUCAAGGUCGGCCUUGGUUGCAAGGCGAAGUUCUUCAAGGUCAACCUUAGUUGCAAGAGUUGGAAUAAUUUCGCGUAG